UAGAGAAUAAACAUUGAUAAGAUUUGAAAGUCAAUCUGAUCUGUGGCCGACGAGAAGUCUCUCCCUUCUUGAAUUUCAACCAAAGAGCGUGCGAGGAGAAGACGAAGCAGAAAGCAAGGAAAAUCUGCUGAGGUGUUAGAACGCGUGAAAGAAGAGUUAGUUUGUCUGGAGAAUGCGUCCCAUUCUGUUCUGCGAUCGCAUCAGUCCUCCCGUGCGGAGUGUCUUUCUGCUCAUUCGUGAGCUCAAUUUGGACGUUGAAAAGCGAACGGUGAACCUCCUCAAGCGAGAGAAUCAUCAUGAGGAUUUUAUCAAGAUCAAUCCACUUCGCACUGUGCCCGUUCUCAAGGAUAACGAUUUAAUACUCACCGAUAGUCAUGCCAUCCUCCUCUACUUGUGCGAGAAGCACGAUAAUUCCGGAAGAUUAUUCCCCAAGGAUGACCCAAAUCUUCGUUUUAGGAUUCUCAAUAAACUCUUCUACAAUGGAUGCCUCUUCUUUCGUCGCGACAGUGAUAUGAUGACUGAGAUCUUCCGGAAGCGCUGCAUUAAUCUUUCUGGGCAUCGGGUGAAAAUCCGGGAAUGCUUUAAUCAUUUGGAAGAGUUCCUCCGGGAAACUACCUUUAUGGCUGCUAAUCAUAUGACUCUGGCGGAUUUAGCCAUCCUUCCAACACUCAGCACUGUGAAUGCUUUCAUCCCUGUAGAAGAAGGAACCUGGCCACGGACAAUUGAAUGGCUCAAUCGCAUGAAAAGUCUCCCAUACUACGAGGCAGAGAAUCAAAGUGGAAUAGACGAACUCCUCCUGGCCAUCCGGAAGCACGUUGAAUAAGGAAAAUGUCUUCGGUUUCUUUUCUUUGUGUCUUUUAUUUGAUGAGAUGAUGAUGAUGAAUGAA